CCCUUUCCCCCCCCCUUCCCUCUCCCGGACGUCAGUUCUCCCGCGCUACCCGCGUACUCGCGUCGCGUUAUCCUUGAUCCCGACGAAAGGAUCGUCGCGUUACGGAGAACGAAAUAAAUGAUUAGCUAUUUUAAAGUUUUCGUAUUAUUUACUGUGACGAAAUAUGUAUGUGUAUCGCGACUCCGAUCAUUCACGGAGAUAAUCGAACGAAACCGAACGCGACUUGCUCCCCCGCGAGACAUCAGUUCUCCCGCAUAUUCGCGACGCGUUAACCAUAAUUCGGAGAAAAAGUUCGCGUAAAUCUGAUCCACCAUCGCGUGUCGUACGGAUUUAGAGUGAUGCAGUUGCUGUGCGAAAGUGAAUAUUGUAGUGCAUCAUCGAGAGAGAAUCGUCUGUCGCUGAAGAAAAAAAGAAAGAGAGAGAGAGAGAGAGAGAGACGAUCGCCAUAUUCCCGAAAUCAAGGACUUAUACUCGCGAUUAUUACAAAGUCGAUGCACGUGCAAGGUGAGAAGAUGGAAUUACGUGCCACGUAUCUAUACGGGCUCGUCAUCUCUCGCUUCGAGCAUCUUACAACGGGAAGAUGUACAGCGCCGAAAGAAGAUGUUCGUCGUUUCCACGAGCGAUGCGCCGAUAGCUACUGGCGAUCCGCUCGUUUAACAGCGUAACGGCGAACGGCGACGAGAGUCAGAGGCAGAGCGCGAGCUAAGAAAAAAGAGAGGAGGGCAGGGGUGGAAGCAAAAGGAAAGGAGGGUCGAGAAGGGGAUGCGUAGGAAUGUAACGCGACGAAAAUACGCGUCUGGCUUCUACGGAGGGUGCUCUGCAACAGAGAGAAGAGAGAGCCCCUGGUGACGUCCGUCGAAACGAGGAGGUAAACAGUUACGCGACCUAUGAAGAGAGAGCUCAGCGGGAUGCAUCGCGCGAGUGAUAAUAAGGAUGGCGACGGGGAAGCCGCGGACGUGGCGUGCAUCGAGCGAGAAAUGCAAGCAUCGCCGGCUCGCCCGAAAACGGAUUCGGCAGAUUACCAGAGCCGCUUCAGACAGUCACCGGAGAAUAUUGUCCUGGCAACUACCCGGUGUCUCACACCACGAGCAAUGAAAAACUGCACACCGGAAGCGAAUUAUACAUGCCACAAGGCUACAGGCAGGAAACUUGGUUGCAAGACGGUAGCAGCUCCGAGACCGAAGACAGCGAACAGUACGUACCCGAGUUUCACCAAAUGUCAAGUGCAAAUGUGAAGCAGGAGUCUAGCAAUGGCACGAGAAAUGGCGACAACGGCAAUUAUCAUCCCCAGUAUCAAUCUUCUGUCGCGCACAGUCAAAACAACGAUUUCCUCGAGCUCAGAUCGGAUCGUUGCUUCGGGAAUCGAAAGAUAAAUGGACCGGCUGGUAAGAGCACGAAGGACGUCGCCGUGAAGGAAGAACCGGCGGAUCGAAGCUACGUGGAACCGCUUCCCGUGACAAAUAUAUCAUCCGCAACAACUCAGGACACUCAAAACGCGAGCUCUUUAAUUUAUCAGCAACGUCAACAACAACAGUACGGGAACAUCACGAGGGAUCAUCCCAGAGGUUCGUCACCAUCAUCCAGUCGUCCGGCCAGCGCUUCUUCCUCGACUUCCCAGUGGCAAUCGACCUUCUCCGAAACUUUCCUGCCGCGACCUGAGAACUGGAAUUCCGAGGUUUACGCGAAACGAAGCGGCACGCCGACCUGGACAGAACUAGGAGUGCAGUUAGAUCCUAGAAAUUCGUCCUGGGAACGGCAAAACGGUUGUUAUCAGAAGAAAGGUUCGCCAGUUUCAACCUGGAAUCCGGAUCACGUCAACAAGAGGCCGUCGUCGGCGACCGGUAUGCCCACCUGGAAUGACGUUGCCGUUGGUUAUCAACAACAACGACGUGGUUCCCUGCAAUUGUGGCAGUUUCUCGUAGCCUUGCUCGACGAUCCUGCAAAUGCGCCUUGCAUCGCAUGGACCGGGCGCGGGAUGGAGUUUAAGCUGAUCGAGCCGGAAGAGGUGGCACGCAGAUGGGGCGUCCAGAAAAAUAGACCGGCCAUGAAUUACGACAAAUUGAGUCGUUCAUUGAGAUAUUAUUACGAGAAAGGCAUAAUGCAAAAGGUCGCCGGCGAGCGAUACGUGUAUAAGUUCGUCUGCGAUCCGGAAGCGCUCUUCAACAUGGCGUACGGGACCGGCGCGUCUUCGGGGAUUAAUGGAGAAGUUCCGAGUAAUAUGGUACGAAGUCACGCAACGCCCGGGAAAGGGGCGGCGGGCGGAAACGAAGUUCCAGAUUUGAUGAAGCAUCCUGCCGCGGGAUAUAGCGACGCGGUUUUCGCCAUGUACUCGAAUACCGCCGCAGUGUAUGGACCUUCUAGUCUUCAUCAUUUGCACCAAUAUCUCGGCGGUAACGAGGGCUUCAAAACGCCACCGAGUAGAUACCAUCCCCAUUAUCCCCAUCAGUACGGUAGCAAUCAUCAUCAUCACCACCAUCACCCGCCCCCGAGUUACACAGAGACUUUUCUGAACUACAGUCGGUUGUCGCACGAGCCAGCUUUCGAUUCAAAGACGCAGGAAGCCCAACCGAGGGAUUCGUAUACCCAGGAAACGGAGAGUACCGGCAGAGAUCGAGAGGGUGCAUCGAUACCCUAUGAAAGCGUGCAGAGAUCGCAGUUACCGACCACAACCACUUCCGCGCAAUCCUCGAUACUGGACGGCGCGGCGAGCUCGAAAAUUGAGCAAGCGCCGUACACGUGUCUUGGCGUCGGAAGCUGCGUCUGUUAAAUAAAUGUGAUCGAAUCUGUUGUUUGCAUAUUAUUUAAAGGGAAAUCUCCCAUCGAAUCCUAUUUGACGUUCCCUCGAGACGGAGCAAAGCUGCGAAUCGUCUGAACGUAUAUGUGUGGUAUCUUGUAAAUAUAUUACUUAUUUUUACGCGCUAAAUUAUCAUCGGAGAUAGACUAAUAAAAAUCUGUUUUAAAAUGAAUUUCGAUUAGCGUCUAAGCAUUAUCUCCGAUUGUUAUUAUGCGUGUGUUCUAGUAGUUUAUCGCGGUUGUAAUUUAUUUUAUAAAUAUAAAAUAAAUCUUUAUCUCAAUAGAAUGAUUCGGAAAUACAAAUUACAUAACUUGU